UUAAUAAGGCAUACCAAUUUUCAUCAAUUACUAGUGUAACAUUAUUGGAUUGCUUCACAGUAGCAUGGGCCAUAGUUCUUACCUGGUUCUUCCUUGGCACUCGCUACUCGAUAUGGCAGUUAUUUGGUGCAGUCAUAUGUGUUUUGGGCCUUGGUUUGGUUCUUCUCUCUGAUGCUGGGGUGGGUGGCGGAGGUGGUUCAAAGCCUCUUUGGGGUGAUUCACUUGUUAUUGGUGGGACAAUUUUCUUUGCCUUUAGUAAUGUUGGUGAGGAAUUUUGUGUUAAGAAGAAAGACCGAGUUGAAGUUGUGGCGAUGAUUGGUUUUUAUGGAUUUCUAGUGAGUGUACUUGAGUUAUCUAUAUUAGAGGUGAAGAGUCUUGAAUCAGUCGAAUGGUCUGCAGAUAUUAUAAUAGCUAUCGCAGGGUAUAAUGUGUCACUAUUUUUGUUCUAUACCCUUGCUCCUUAUGUUCUAAAGAUGGGUGGAACCACAAUGUUCAAUCUCUCUAUCCUCACGUCUGAUAUGUGGGCAGUUGUUUUUCGCAUCUUCUUCUAUCACCAGCAGGUUGACUGGCUAUACUUUCUUGCUUUUGCACUUGUAGCAGUUGGACUGAUAAUUUAUUCAACAACUGACAAGAAUGAAGCUCCUACACCUACUCUAGAAGAUGGAAACUCCAAUGGACAGUAUCAAGUUCUUAUUGAUGACAAUGCAGCAACAGGAAAUGAGUCUUUACUUUCUUGAAAAUCGGAUCAGUUUUCAUUACUUCUGAUAUGCUUGGACCCUCUAAUCUGCGUUGUUGUCCUUUUUCUUUUUUUCCCUGGAGUUAAAAUCGAGACCGGACCAUAUCUAACUCUAAUGAAUUAGAUUCCAUCCUCUAAUAAUGAAAAAUUCAACUGAUUUUCUUUCUAAAAAUAAGUGUAGAAAAUAUAAAACAGUCAAUAUAUUACUGAA